AUGACCAUGGAGGACGUGGCGCACUCUGGCGGCCCACCCACCCCGUGCGCCGACGUCGCCGCCGUGCAGCAGUUCACGAGCUUGAGCGGUCUCGGGCACGCGGCCCUGAUUGCCAGGGUGAACAGUGCAGCCCUAGCGAACUUCGACGACGAGAGCGACAGCUCGCUGCGGGCCCACCUCGACGACGUCGAGUCGAAGUGGGAGUUCUGGUGCCGCCUCGUACGCCAGGACACCGGCCUGGACGUGCUGCGGCAGCAGGUGGAGAAAGCGGAACAAAUGCUGCGCGCUGGUGGGGACACGGCCAGCUUCAGCAACAUUCGCGAGGACCUGCUCGAGAAGUUCUUUGAUUUGAGCCCAGAGCGCCUCAAGGAGCUCUACGAGAGCCACGCGCAAGGCGGGCUCUUCUCCAAGGAGGCGCUCCGGGAGGCCCUGCAAAGCUGCGAGCUCCAUGGGAUCGACGAUGGGGCGCUAGACACGCUGCUGUACGAGGUGAGUGCUGACAGGAGGGACCACAUCCAUCUGCCCGAGUUCGAGAGCCUGCUCACCAGGCUGAAGCUGGCACAGCUGCUCGGUGGGAGCCGCUUCCAGAAUCGGCGCUUGGGUGGUGGCAACGUCCUCGAGAACAUGACGAUCCUGGAGUUCAGCCCUAAGGAGGCGAGGGAGUGCAGGGCGAGAGCGAUCGAUUUUUUCUUCGGUCACAGACCCCCUGAGUUCCCGAUGCGGUGGGUGCACCUGGGCAGCUGCGACUUAACGCUGCUGCUCGCCCUCAUGGUGAAGUAUCAGCUCCACCCCCUCAGCGUCGAGGACACUAUCGACCAGAGCUCAACCAGGUAUGACAGGUACGGCGUGCAUUCCUUUGUGGCGGUGGAGUACCUCUGCCUGGCGGACAAGUGUGAGCCAGCGGAAGCGGCUCUGGAGCCAGUGCAGGUGUUGGGUCGUCAUCUGACGAUCUUCUGCGCAGGGCCACCUCACCUAGACACGGUGAUUACAGUCGCUCAGCCGGACAGGACGUUCGAGCAGGACUGGCCCGGCGACCUGCCCACGGGCGGUGAGAACGGGGUGGAGUGGCUACAGGAUAUACGCAGGCGCUUGUAUGCGCCAAGGUCACGUACUCGACAGCGCAAGGCGGAAUUUCUCACGUACGAGAUUAUUGAUUGCUGCUCCGACGAUCUCAUAAGGGUCUGCAGAGCGUACCACCUAAGACUGAGCCGGCUCGAGGAGUGGCUCGACAAGAAGUGGUUGAAGCCUUCCGACGGCACCAGAGGGUCCUGGGGCACGGAGGCUAUCCAAGAGGCCUGGGGCAUGGAGGUUCGCCAGAUACGCACCCAGCUCGGCAUUGUAGCCCGCAGGCUGCGCGGUCUUCAGCGCAUCCUGCGCCGCUUGGGAGAUGACGACGACUUGUCGCGGGCACUCGCGGAUUACUGGCGGGACGUGGCCGAUCACGUCAACGAGGCUUACGACGACACCUUGGCAAAUGUCGACAAGUCCAAGAGCAUGCUGCAGUCUUUCGAGCAGUUCAAGGAUAGUGAGCAGGACAAGGAGUCCAAGGAUCAAGACGAGCGCAUGAAUCGGAUCUUGUUUGUCCUCACUAUCGUAACAACGGUCUUCACACCCAUCACCUUCCUGGCUGGCGUAUACGGCAUGAAUUUUGCUGACGAAGACGGGCGCGCAACCAUUCCAGAAUUAUUAUGGCCUCGAGGCUACUUGAUAUUUUGGAUUUUCAUUUUGGUAUACUUCUGCCUGUCAGUUUUCGGCAGCGUGUGGCUCUGGCGAGGCUAUGCGAGGCCGCUACAGCAGCAUCAGCUGCCACAGCCAUCCAGGCAGGUCAGCCCAGAGCGACACACGACACCAGCACGGUCUUCGUACAUCUGUCUGGAUCACGACGGUGUGGAUGGUGUUUGA